CUGCUCUGAUCAAAAUGCCAACGGACUCUUCGCUCUACGGGAUACGCCGACCAAAAGCUGAGGCAUCUAAAAAGGAUGUCACAUCACCCGGUACCCUUGCAUUCGCCACACACCUCUCCUCCCUCAUAGCUAAAGAAUCGGCCAACGCAUCCUCACAAUCGCGGCGCGGCCGUGCUAGGCCUUCAAGAAAGAAAGAUGACAUUUUCUCAGUGCAUAAUAAAGGUGCUCUAAAACGCGCCGCGGCGGAUAUAUCCUCGGAUAAUCCGAACGUGAGCCAAGUUCACAAACAGAGUGGAGAUAUCGGAUUCGUCGACGAAGCUACCCUUCAUCGGUCGAAGCGCAGGAUGGCCGAAAAAGCAAAGCUGUAUGCAGAGUUAAAAAAGGGCGAAUAUCUCGCUGCAAGUAGCGACGAGGAGGAUGACGAUUCCCUAGGGAGACCUUUGUCCGCGGUCCGUCGCGCAGAAAAAAAUAGCUUGGUGGACUUUGAUCGAAAGUGGGCGGAGGAAGAAGUCAGGAAAUCACGUUAUGAUUCCGGAGAAUCCGACCAUGAAUCUGAAAAAGAACCCUUGGUUGAAUACGAGGACGAGUUCGGACGCACCAGGCAGGGUACCCGUGGUGAAGCUGCGGAAGCAGAACGACUUCGUCGGUCUCGUGCCGCUGAGCGCUCCGAACAAGAGUCGAUCGCAUCAUCUCGCAAUCCGAAUUUACCUAUGGGCUCUCGUCCCUCUCGUCCUGCAAAUCUAAUCCACGGCUCGAUCAUCCAGUCUGCAGCUUUCGAUCCUGAUGCCAACGUCGCAGCGCAGAUGUCUCGCCUCGCAGAACGUCGUGAUCGAACACCCACACCACCGCCUGAGACCCAUUACGACGCAGAGGGCGAGGUGCGCAAUCGCGGAACGGGGUUUUAUGCGUUUUCAAAAGACGAGGAGGCGCGGAAGCAAGAAAUGGAAGAACUGAUGCAGGCAAGAGAUGAUACCGUGAAAGGGAGAAGCCAGGCCGCUACGAGGAAAGAGGCGAGGCAGAAGGCGAAAGCUGAUAGAUUAAAGAAGAUUGAGGAACUGAGAGGAAAGAGGAGAGCGGAAGAGUUUAUGAAGGGUUUGGGAAGCUUGGAGGGCUUGGGCGGCCCUAGUGCGCUGGAAUCAAAAGCCGAAGAACGAUGAGGCAGUAAUACGCGGCCAGGGGGGCCUUCAUAACGAAUCUUUAUGAAUUGACUUGGUUUACUUUGCAUGAUACCUAAUUGCAUGGGCAGGAGUUUGCUUAUUCUGGCAUUUCUACAGGACUGGAUAGCGAUA